AUGGGAAGUUAUAACUCAGUGCAUAAUAAAUCUGCAAAAUCAGUUGUUGAUGUGAUGAAUGUAACUCGGCAUAUAGAUAAAGUUAUGAAUCGAGAAUUUUCUGAACAGAUUCAAAAGAAUCGAUUAAGACUUGCGGCAACAAUUGAGAGUGUCUGUUGGCUUAGUUUGCAAGCAUGUGGAUUAAGCGGUCAUGAUGAAUCUUCAGCUUCUCAAAAUUGUGGUAAUUUCAUUGAGAUGCUAAAACUUUUGGGAAAAUGGAAUGCUAGUAUUGGUGAUGUAAUCUUAGAGAAAGCACCGGGAAAUGCAAAAUAUACCUCACCAGAAGUUCAAAAAGAAAUCUUGCAUAUUAUUGGUAAUAAAGUCAGAAACAAAAUUCGUGCUGAAAUUGGAGAUUCUAAGUUUUGUAUUUUGGUGGAUGAAGCGAAGGAUAUAUCUAACAAAGAACAGAUGACUAUAAUUUUGAGUUUUGUUGAUGCUCAUGAUUUUUUACGGGAGCGUUUUUUCCAAAUUGUGCAUGUUCAUGACACCAUAGCUGCAACACUUAAGAAAGAAAUAUGUGAUGUCCUCACCAGAUAUAAUCUAGAAAUACACAAUAUUCGGGGUCAAGGGUAUGAUGGUGCUAGUAACAUGUGUGCGUUAGUUGCAGCUGCUGAAAAUGAGAUCUCUAUAUGGCUUUUCUUUUCAAAUUUGACGACUAUUGUUAAUCUUGUUACAUCUUCGUCCAAACGCAAUGCCGAGUUACAAUCUGCUCAAGUUAAUGAAAUUGCACAUUUUGUUGUUGCUAAUGAACGUGAGACUGGACGAGGAGCUAAUCAGAUUGGUAGUUUGUAUCGAGUAGGAACUACUCGUUGGAGCUCCCAUUUUGAUUCUAUUUGCGACUUAAUAGAUAAGUAUAAUGCAACUAUUAAUGUGAUUGAAAAUAUUAUCAUUGAUGGUUCCUCUACUUCGAUGCGUGGGGAAGCUGAGUUAAACUCUAGAUUCAGUGAUGAGACAGUAGAACUUCUUAUGCUUAGCUCUGCUUUGGAUCCAAAAGAUAAUUUUAAUCGGUUCAACAUUGAUAAGAUUUGUAAUCUCGCUGAGAAGUAUUAUCCUGAGGACUUCACUGAACAGGAAAUCCAUAAUUUGAGAUGUCAGCUACAACAUUAUGAGCUCGAUGUGGAUUCGACCUACAAAUACUUCAAGGUCAUUACUGUUGAUGCAGCUCAUAGUAUCAUUAUCCGCAAUGACCCAAGGAUUAACUCCAGAGUUAACAACUUGCUUUUAUAG